CAGCUGUCACAGACCAUGACAGACAAGCAACCCAAGGCAGCUGAGGACGAGGAUCUGCCCGUUUACUUGGCCAAGCUAGGAAGCAGUAGCCCCAAACCCCGCCAGAAGUAUGGGGGGAUGUUCUGCAACGUGGAGGGCGCCUAUGAAAAUAAAACCAUCGACUUCAGUUCGCUAAGUGUUGGCAGGCGAAGCGCCAGGAGUCUGAGUAAAAACGAUGGGAGUCAGGUUUCCAUCGAGUCUGACGGAUUGAGUGAGACUGGGAGUGAUAUCAGUGAGGUGUCCAGCUCCUGUGAGCCUGGGGCUCGGGCUGAGAACGGGUUUCAGCCGCUGGAUCGAAGAGAGAGUGAUCGUUUACUUAUUAAAGGAGGGAAAAUAGUCAAUGAUGACCAGUCCUUUUUUGCUGAUAUUUACUUGGAAGAUGGGAUUAUAAAACAGCUCGGAGAUAACCUCAUUGUCCCUGGAGGUGUAAAGAUAAUUGAGGCCAAUGGGCAGAUGGUCAUACCUGGUGGAAUAGAUGUCCACACUCAUCUGCAAAUGCCAUGCAUGGGUAUGACCACUGCUGAUGACUUCUACCAAGGAACAAAAGCCGCACUGGCAGGGGGAACCACAAUGAUAAUGGAUCAUGUCCUUUCUGAACCUGAACCUGGAUCAAGCCUUCUUUCUGCCUAUGAGCAGUGGAGAGAAUGGGCCGACAGCAAGUCCUGUUGUGACUAUUCUUUACAUAUAGAUAUCACACGUUGGCAUGAGGCGCUGCGUGAAGAAAUGGAAACCUUGGUCAAGGACAAAGGUGUGAACUCCUUUCUUGUAUUCAUGGCCUACAAAGACCAAUAUCAGUGUAGUGACACACAGAUAUAUGAAAUCUUCAGCAUCAUCCGAGAUCUGGGUGCUAUAGCACAGGUGCAUGCUGAAAAUGGAGACAUCAUUCAGGAGGAGCAGAAACGAAUGUUGGAGCUUGGAAUUACAGGACCAGAGGGGCAUGUUCUUAGUCGACCAGAAGAGGUUGAAGCAGAAGCAGUAUAUCGUGCCGUCACCAUCGCAAGCCAAGCCAACUGCCCCUUGUAUAUCACCAAAGUCAUGAGCAAAAGUGCUGCAGAUAUAAUUGCACAAGCUCGGAAGAAAGGUGCAGUUGUAUAUGGAGAGCCUGUCACAGCAAGUCUUGGGACUGAUGGAUCCCACUACUGGAGUAAGAACUGGGCCAAAGCUGCAGCCUUUGUCACCUCUCCUCCACUCAGCAUUGAUACUUCCACCCCUGAUUACCUAAAUUCUCUCCUCUCCUGCGGCGAUCUGCAGGUUACCGGCAGUGCUCACUGUGCUUUCACCACUGCGCAGAAAGCAGUUGGAAAAGAUGACUUCAGACUGAUCCCUGAAGGAGUUAAUGGUAUUGAAGAGAGGAUGACAAUUAUUUGGGAUAAGGCUGUGGCUACAGGAAAGAUGAAUGAGAAUGAAUUUGUAGCAGUUACAAGUACAAAUGCUGCGAAGAUCUUCAAUCUCUACCCCAGAAAGGGACGAAUUGCUGUUGGUUCUGAUGCUGAUUUGGUUAUCUGGGAUCCAGAAGCUGUCAAAAUCAUUUCAGCAAAGACACACAAUCUGGCAAUUGAGUACAACAUAUUUGAAGGGAUGGAAUGCCGUGGUGCUCCUUCAGUUGUUGUAAGUCAAGGUAAAAUUGUCCUGGAAUAUGGGACGAUUCAUGCCACAGAGGGCUGUGGGCGCUUCAUCCCCAAGAAGACAUUCCCGGACUAUGUUUACAAAAGAAUAAAAGCAAGAAGCAAGUUGGCUGAAAUCCGAGGCGUUCCAAGGGGAAUUUAUGAUGGUCCUGUCCAGGAUGUCACUGUGGUUCCCAGAGCUAUAACACCUAUUCCAUCAGCCAGGAUGUCUCCAGCUAAACAACCAAUUCAACCACCACGAAACCUUCACCAAUCUGGAUUCACUCUGGCUGGAACCCAGGCUGAUGAUCACAUUCCUCGUCGUCCUACUCAGCGUAUCAGUGCACCCCCUGGUGGCCGUUCAAACAUUACAACUCUGGGCUGAAUUUCAACCAGAAAUAUCUGAUUAAAGUGAUAAUCUCAGAGCCCUAAUAUUGCUGCAAGUUUUGUCACCUGAGGCUCAGAUAUAUUCUCACAAGCAGCUUUGUGCAGUACAGUUUUUGCUGCAAAAGAUGGUCAUGAAGUCACUGCCUUUAGCUGAUUAAUGAUGCAUUUGGAAACUUUUUGAUCUGCCAAAUAAUUCAAGAGGUACAGUUUUUGUAUUAUAAAAAUAACCAUUAAUUUAUAUUAAUAUUUGAUUUAAUUGGGAAGUGUGUAACAAGCAUUGAGACAACUGUUGUUUCAUCGUUGUGACUACGUAAAGUUGUAUUUGUGGUUCAUUUGAAAGCAUGAUAGUGAUAUUGAAGGUAAUGUGUAACUUACUUUGUAUUACCACAUGAGUGUACCAGUCUAAAACAAUGUAACUUGUACACUGAUUACAAAAAUAUUGAGGUUCUAAAGUAUUUUAAUAACUUUCUACAGCCACAUGCCAACAGUAACCCAAGCUGCUGUGGUGAGACCAGUAUUUCUUACAUAUGCACUGUUGACAGAGUAACCUUUCAAAGUUUUUAACAAUUAGCAAGGCAUACAUUUUAGCGAACCAAAAAGCAUAAUUUUUCCUCACAUUAAAAGUGCAUUUUUAGGUUUGACCUUAAGUAUGGCUAUGAAAAUGUGUUAAGUGUUGUUGGUGGUGACUUGUUUAAACUUUAAAGGGUACUGAGGGUAAUUUCCACCUGAACAGUUGGGCAGUAAUGUGGCAGAGUGGCUCACCUGCCUAUAAUGGAACCCCAACUAUUUUCUUUCCUUUGUAAUCAAUGACAAUGAUAAUUGGGUGCCUUCUAUAACAGAUGGGCAAUCCACCCAAGUGGGGAAGGUGAAAUUUAAUCCCAAUAGACCUGAAUUGCCUCUUGUAUGUCAUCAAUUUCUACUGCUUCUAUGUAUAAUGGAAACAAUUGUUCAGAUGAGGCUAUAGUACUGCUCACUUAUCUAAGUUUAUUUAAGUAAUAAUUUUCCCUUUACUGAACUAACCAGGAGUGCAGUGCCAUUUAGCACUAGUGCAAGUGAGGUAAACAUUGUACUAGUUUACUAAAUGGAGAAGUUAGGCUCACAGUCUUUUGUUAGCCAUAGUAACAGUCAGAAAUGCCAUGAAUUUCAAAAUAUUGGUCUUUGUACAAAGCAAAUGGUAAUAUCUUAAAAUGGCAGUGGUGUUGUCUUGUAUGUUUAACCUGUUUUUUGCUUGAAUGUCAUUAAAGUAUCUUGAACUUUUUGAGAAGGCUUGAAUAGUUGAAAUAUGUUGUGCAGGCUUCAUUUUUAACUCUUUCUCAAUUGACUUUAGCUAAUUUCUGCUAUUAUGACUUUAGUGGCUUGACUGUUUUAUAAUUUUAUGAUUUGUAAAGAAUGGUUGAUCUUAACUGAACCAGACUGUAGUUCUAAAGUAGCCUGUAACAAAAAUGGGAAACUUUUCUAUUAGAUGGCUAGAGGGUGCAAUAUUAACCUUUGAACUCUAUACUGGCUGAAUGAAAUGAUCAGAUUAGACCUAUUGCAUGGAAAUAGCAGAAUGUUUUACAAAACCUUCUCAUAUUUAGUCAAAUUAAAUCAGAUUAUGGAAAACCUGAUAAGUUUUCAUCACACAUAUAGACAACUACAUGCAAUUCAAAUAGACUUAUGUCUUAUUUCAAAGUGCUACACUUAAAUCUGAUAAUCCGACUCAAAAUAAACUGCUUUUGAACCAGAUUCUAGUGUUGAUGAGCAUCUACAGUUUAUCUAGAUUUGAUUAGAAAGCCAAAGCUUUCAGAUUUCGGAUAAAGCACUGUCAGAGUUACUAAUGAAUUUUACAGAACAUACAAAGCCUGAAAACUUUGUAAGGUGACGUUGGUUCAAUCUAAUGGUUCAUCUUUAUCAAAUAAAAGUGUUAUGGAAAAUGAA